CACCCCGCGCCGCCGCCGAUCUUCCCGUGCCCCUCUUGCUCCACACUGCAGCCCGUCUCGCGGCCCACCUCGGCGCUGCAUGGUCGUCGCCGUCUCGUCCGCCUCGCCGCUCCGCCCGCCGUCUGGCUCGCGCGGCAUGAAGCGCUCGCACGCCGCCGUCGCCGCCGCCUCGUCGCCCAAGCUCGAGGGCAGCGACGGCGAGCCGGCGCCCGUGGCACGCAUGGCGCAGCCGCUGCGCUCGGCACUGGCGUCCAGCAGCAGCAGUGGCGGCGGCGGCGGCCUGCUCAAGCUCGAGGAUGCCAAGCCGCCGGGCCUGGCGCCCGCCAGCCCGCGCGGCAGCAUGAAGCUCGCCAGUGCGGCCAACCCGCAGUACCGCAAGGGCAUGUACGUCGCCUACGUCAAUAACGUCUUUGAGGAGCGUGCGCGCGGCAACGAUGCGCCAUACCACGAUCUCAUCUCGCAGUUCCGCUCGCCCGCCUCGUCCUCCAUGGGCGCCUCCGCUUCCUCUUCCUUGCUCUCCUGGCUCUCUGCGACGACGCACGUCGUCUCGAGUCUCGAUCGCCGCCACUCUGCACUGGUAGACGCCAUCCUCUCCCUGCCCUGGACCAGUCUCGGCGGCGAGAGCUUCGCACGCGCCUGGAUCCGCUUCGUCUGCGCCCUCGUCUCUGCGCGCGCAGAGUGGACGGGGGAUGUGUGCAAGCGGGCAGUCAAGGGUCUUGGCUUUCGCUCCGACUGGCGUUCUCUUGCCCUCACGCCCGCGCCACCGCGGCGUCAGAUGUACGCGCGCGUGCACACGCUCCUGCGCUCCUUGCUGGCGCUCGUGCCUUCCUUGCCGGCACAGCUGGCGCCUCUGCUGGUGCAGCACUUCCCGCACAAGCGCGAAGGGCGCGCCGCACACGUCGUCUACGUGCGCAACGCACUCGAGGUGUGCUCGUAUGCGGGAGAGCUGGCAGAGACGGUGUUGCUGUGCGUGGUGGAUCGGGCGAUGCAGCUGGAUGUCGAAAUCCAGGUCGAGCUCGACGAGCUAGAAGAGGAGGAUGAUGGCGCGACAACGAAUGGACUGGACGAGGAUCCCUUCGAGGCGGCGCUCGAGGGCCAGUCCGACUCCGACUCGGACUCAGACGACGGCGGCGACGAUGGCGGACUGGACGACCUCUCUGACGACGACUCCGAGGGCGGCGGCCUCGUAAGCGAGACGGAUGCCGAGAAGCGUCUCUCUGCGGUGCGCGAGCUCGUUGCCAAGCUCGACGGCAUCAUGGCCGUCGUCUUCAAGCAUCUCGAGGAGCAGAAUGCGCGCUACGAAGACAUAGCAAAGGGCGGCAACGGGCUGCUGGGGCGCGCGCGCAGAGGCUCGCUCGAAGGCGACAACAGCCCGUCUGCGUCGCCCGCACGCCAGUCGCCGCAGAGCAAGCCUGCCGCACUGCUGGCGGACCAGCCGACGCCUUCGCGCGCCAUGGCGCUGCGUGGCAACCAGUUCCAGAUGUUGCUCGGCAUCUUCCAGCGCGCCGUGCUGCCGACAUUCAAGUCGCGCCACGUGCAGUUUCUGCUCUUCUGGCACGCCUCGCUCGACUCUGACUUUGCCGAUCUGCUGCUUGGCAUGCUGCUGAGCAAGGCAAUCUACGGCCUCAACGAAGCCGGCGAUUCGCUCGAGGGCAAGGAGCCGACCAUCAUGCGCAUCGUCGCUGCCAGCUACGUGGCUUCGCUCGUCUCGCGCGCCUCGUACAUUGGCGCCACCGACUGUCGAGCCGUGAUGCUCAAUCUCUGCGCUUUCCUCGAUGCCCACCUCGCCGCACAUGCCUCUUCCACACCGCCUCGUCCGGGCAGCGCCCGCGCAACAGAGGCACUCUCGGCGAUCCACGGGCCUCACGCCAUUUUCUACGCCGUCACGCAGGCGGCGUUCUACAUCUUCUGCUUCCGAUGGCGCGAUCUGCGCCUGGAUGCCGACGAGGAGGCCGAGAUUGACGUCGUCUCGUCUGCGCUCGGAGGCGCACGGUGGGCAGAGGGGCUGUCCGUGCUGCAGCGCGCCAUCACCAGUCCCCUCAACCCGCUCGCACACUGCUCGCCCACGGUCGUGCGGCAGUUUGCGGGCGUGGCAGAGCACACGGGCCUGCUGUACUGCUGGAGCAUCAUCGAGAGCAACAGUCGCCGCGGCGGCGCUCGCAGUGGCGCCAACAGCGCCGAGAAUCCCUCGACGCCCAUGGCCGACGAGUCGGGCGGGCUGAAGCAGCUGCAACUGCAGCGCAACCCCAACACGCUGCCCGGCCAGCGCGAGCCUCCGCCAGCACACGCCGUGCAGGAGCUGGACGUCUUCUUCCCGUUCGACCCGUAUCGCCUGCGCCUGUCCAGCCGCUGGGUCGAGCGUCUCUAUCGUUCAUGGGAGGACGUGGCGCCGGAGAGCAUGCGUGAUGAGGAUGAGACGAGCGACGACGAUGACGACGACGACGCCGACGAGUCGGACGCCGACAGCACGGCCGGAGAAGACUCGGCGCCCAACAGUCCCGUGGGCCUGCGCAUCCCCAAGCGCCAGAGCGUCAACGAUGCCUCCGACGAUGCCUUCUCCAAGUCGCUGGAGACCAUGUCGAUCUCGACGUAGCCAGCCCCGCCCGGCCGUCCUCUGCGGCCCCCUGUGCCCUGCAUCUGCCCCUCAAAGCCUCUCUCACUCUCCAGCUCGUCAUU